GCCCCGUUUCCGGUGUCAUGGCGGCCGGAGCGCGGCGGCGACCGACGCCGGGGUCGGUGCGGAUUGCGUGGCAGCGGCGGGGCAGCGGGAGCGGCGGGGGGGCGAUGUGAGGCGGGACCGCACCAUGUCGGGGUGCGUGUGGGGCGCGGCGCCGCUGCUGGAGGCGCUGGGCCGGCUGUGGGAGGUGCAGGCGCCGUUGGGCAGCGGCUCCUCGGCCUCCGUCUAUCGGGUGCGCUGCUGCGGAGACCCGCGGGCCCCCCCCGGCGCCGUCAAGGAGUUCGUGCCCCCCCCGCCGCGGCCCGGCCCCGCACGCCGCCCCGGCGCCCGCCCGCCCGCCGCCGACUGCGCCGAGUACGGCUUCCGCAAGGAGCGCGCCGCGCUCGAGCACCUCCGCGGGCACCGCAACAUCGUGACGCUGUACGGCGUGUUCACCAACCACUACUCUGCAAAUGGCCCAUCUCGCUGUCUCCUGCUGGAGCUGCUGGACAUCAGCGUGUCUGAGCUGCUGCUGCACUCCAGCAACCAGGGCUGCUCCAUGUGGGUGAUCCAGCACUGCGCCCGAGAUGUUCUUGAAGCCCUGGCUUUCCUGCACCACAAAGGCUACGUGCACGCAGACCUCAAGCCACGCAACAUCCUGUGGAGCGCAGAGGAGGAGUGCUUUAAGCUCAUUGACUUUGGACUUAGCUUCAAAGAGGGGAAUCAGGAUGUGAAAUAUAUUCAAACAGACGGGUAUCGAGCUCCAGAGGCAGAACUGCAGAACUGCCUGGCUCAGGCAGGGCUCCAGAGUGAGACGGAGUGUACCUCUGCUGUGGAUCUGUGGAGUCUGGGAAUUGUUUUACUGGAAAUGUUCUCAGGAAUGAAACUGAAACAUACAGUCCAAUCUCAGGAAUGGAAGACAAACAGUUCUGCCACCAUUGAUCGCAUAUUUGCCAGUGAAGGGGUGGUUAAUUCAGCCAUUCCAGCUUAUCACCUCAGAGACCUUAUCAAAAGCAUGCUUCAUUGUGACCAAGGAAAGCGAGCCUCCGCUGAGAAGGCUUUAUGCAGCCCGUUCUUCAGCAUUCCCUUUGCUCCCCAUAUUGAAGACUUGGUGAUGCUCCCCACGCCUGUGCUGAGGCUGCUAAAUGUCCUAAGCGAUGCUUCUCUGCAGUGCGAAGAAGAAUAUGAAGAUAUCUUGGAAGACAUAAGGGAGGAGUGUCAGAAAUACGGACCGGUGGUUUCCUUGCUUAUUCCAAAGGAGAAUCCUGGUAAAGGCCAAGUCUUUGUUGAAUAUGCAAAUGCUGGUGAUUCCAAAGCUGCCCAAAAAAUGCUGACUGGAAAGAUUUUUGAUGGCAAGUUUGUUGUGGCUACAUUUUACCCACUGAGUGCCUAUAAGAGAGGGUAUCUGUACCAAAACUUGCUGUAGGCAGUAGCAACAAUCAGGAGAGUUGUCUUGCUCCUCUUCCUCACAUGUUUUACAGUUGAAUGUGCAAAAGAGCUUCCUAGCCCUGCUUUUGAGUCAUCUGUGAAGGAGAGAUGCAAAGGACUUAACUGGGCUUUGAAACCUUUACUGCUGCUUUGUGAUGUGCAGGGGAGGCCGGGAUGGCUUUCAGCGUGUGCUUGUGUGUGUGUUGUGCUUGCUCGUUUACACUGGAUGUGUGGCUUUGCCCCAGCGGGCGCUUGGGUGGCAGGAGUGGUGCCUGGGGGAGCCUGGGGGGGCUGAGCAGGCCUCGGUGACUGCUUUUACAUGAUUUGAAGCAAGACCAUGUAAAGUCUUGGCCGUAGCACCUGACUUUGCUCUAGAGAGAGGAUUAUCUAUAUAUAAUAUCUAAUAAAGCAGAAAGACCAUCCUCUCUAAACCAGACCAGGAGGACUUUCAAGUCUUCACAUCACGUAGAGCAGAGGAGGCAGUGAAAUUGGAUCUGCUGAGCGUUACCCUGUCACCACCUCCUGACCUGAGGAGAGCCAUCUGUCUGACCUAGCACGGAUGGCAUACUGGGCUUAGCAAGGUGUGGGGUGACGCUGCCUGUGGUAAGCUGAACUUGCUUGUAUGGCUGGGGUGGGCAGGGACUGAUGGUGGAUACAUGUCAUCAGAGCAGUGCCAGCCUCAUUCCCGGCACAACCUGUAAGCACUUUGUAGCCUGAGGUGAUGUGAAAACCCUGCGAUGUGAAGUCAUCUUUUUCUAGCAUAUGCUCUGUGCUGGCACUGAUGCUCCGUAGCUCUGAUGCCAAAUCAUCUGUGACACGUAAGCAUCUUUAGGUGAUAGUUUUUGAAAGGAGUGCUACAGCACACGGUAUUCCUUGUGUCGCGGCAGGACUGCUGCCCUGCAAGUCUUAUAAGAACAAAUAUUUGUCUGUCAUAGGUCCCACACUUGGCUUUUCUGUGUUGAGCAUUUUGGUUUUGCAUUAAUCCAUUAGACUUGUAGGUAGAAGCACUGACACUUUUGGUCCUUCAUAGGUUACACAAAGGGCCUGAGGCAGUCUGAGAUCCUGUAUAGAAAGGGCUCUGUCAGUCACGGACCUGACUAGCCAGGAGAAGGUGUUUCCCAGUAUCGGGGACAACAGCCACAUGCUUUUGGGAAAAGCAACCUGGGCGAGCAGGUUUCCCCCUGGAGCAUGCUGUCUGCUCAUGUGGCUUCAGUGCACAGACAGAAGCUCACUUGCACAGCUGCUGGCAUUGGGUAGGUGGUGGUAGUUUCCCAGGGGUGUGCAAAUCCGUACACAGGGUAUCGUGACUCCUGGCAUGCGUAGUGUGAAACAACCCAAAUUAGAGGGGGACCAGCAUAUUCUGGCUUGUGGCCCUGGUAGCAGUUUUAGUGAGGAGGAGAGCCCUUGUGAAUUCUUUUCUCCAGCUGAAACACUUGUGGGCAGCUGCCUGAGCCAUCCCUGACCUUCCCUGGAGUAAUACCUGAAUUACCUUGCAGUUUACUUUUUGCAUCCUGCUGAUGCUGGAAUUGCUGGAAUCCUGCACUUAAGCUCCUCUUGAUUUUUUUGCUCUGUGCGUGUGCCGUAUGUCAGGAGAUCCAAUGUCUGUAGCGUUUCACAAGUCUGAGUUCCACUCUGUGCUGGUGUAUAGUCCUGUCUGCUGUGGCCCUUUCCAAACUCCCCCAGAAAGAACCCAUCUCUCUGAAUGUUUCUGUUGCCUUUGAGGUGAUAGGUUUUCCACGAGAAGAACAAACUCCCACAAUGAGUUUUAAGGUGAGAUUUGCUGAUCAGAGUUUUUCUGGGAAUGAUGCUACUUUGAUGUAUGUAGCAGCUUUGCAUAGAUGGGGUGUGUGAUUUGUUGCUUUUAAUUUAAUUGUUCUUGCAGUGAAGCACCUUUAGUGUAUGGGAGGAAUUGGAUGAUUAACUGGGUGAGAAUUUUUACUAUGUGAAGAGCAGUGUUUACAAGUACUCUGAGUAUUGGUAGAUAUUGGUCAGUAUUGACUGACCUCCUCAGCUCUGAGUUGUUACUGUCUCUGGUGGACCGAGGCAGGGGUAAAAACACUUUGGCCCCGCAGUUCACAUGUUGAAUGCCAUCGUGCCAGCAGCAUUAAGCUGGCUGUGUGUGCGCCAGACAGGGAGAUGCCAGGGUGCAGGUGCAGAACUUAAAUGCAUUUAAGUUCUCACAUGCAUUUGCCUAGGACUGAGAGCUGCUCUGUCUUCUUUCAAGCAUAUCUCUUUUUCGGUCAGAAUUAUGCUUUGGAUUUGCAACUAAAGAUAGAGAGCCGUGCCAGGAUGAAUCUGUAGAGAGGAGCUACAACCUGUUCCCGCAGCAUGGUAGAGCUGUUCCUCCAGAGUUUGGCUGGGGUUUUGUUCAGCUGCUUUAACAGGAGCUAAAUAAAUCUUCAAGGUGCAAACUCCUGCUGCCACAUUUUCUCUCCGGAUGCUCAUUGACCAGGCAUGAGGAUGGAGCUGGGCAAAAACCUCACAGCUGCUUUUUUAAAUUUUAUUCCUACCAAGAGUUGAAGAUGCUGAUCUCUGUCAUGUCACUGGAUCCAGCCCCUCGCUUCCCUCUGUAGACUCUGUGGUACAGGGAGGUUUAGUAGCUCCUCGGAGCAGAAGCAUUUUAUCAUUAUCCAGCACUCUCUGCCUUCAAAACCUUUUCUAUCAAGCUGAAGCUCACUCUGGUGUCUCAGUGGUCUGUUGGUGGCUUGGCAUAAGUUUCAGCCCUGCGAAAACCUGUCAGUAUCUGAAGUGUGCGUUGUGAUUCAAUCCAAGGCAUCUGUCGUGGUGUGUGCCUGGAUGGGCCUAGCUUUCCCAUCUCCAAAUUACUGCCGUGUUGAGGCUUUCUGCUUGGAUGCUUGCUGGGUCUCUUGCUCCGUGCUGCUGAUGCAGCUCCCUCCCAAUUGCCCUUGGUGUAGCACCGACCUGCGUAGCCUUGGCUGGGUGACAGCUAGAUGCGAAAACCUGCAGCCUGCCUUUGAGGGAGAGAUCUGUUUUGAAAGAGAAAGGGAUGAAAGAUGAAGCCUUAAGACAAGCCAGGGAAGGCUGAUGCUGCUCUGGUGGGAUGGCAGGCCAGGCACCUGGCCCUCCUACCCGAGAGGAGGCAGUCCAUGGGGCUGUGUCCCCUUGGAGCACGUGUGUAAAUGGGAAACACAUUGGCGCUCAGUUAUUUCUUGGUGGUGGUUGGGUUUUGUAGCUGAUCUGACAGGAAUUGUCACUGCCAAUCAAAGAAUAGUAGUCCUUUCUCUGCCACCAAUGUCUGUGGGAGCAGUGAGGGAGAAAGUUCUUUGCACUUCCACCUAUUUAUUAUAUGCAAGGAGGGUAACUGGUUUUUAAAUCACUGGCCAAAGCACAAGUCAGCUCUGAUCUUAGCUGUAUUCCUAAUUUUAUUCUCACUGGUCUCCAGCCUCCAAACACCUUAGCCUGAGCACCCUCUUGCACCCGGGUUGUCUUGCCAGGGGGUUCAGUACACUUCUUCCCGCUGUGCUGGACCCUGUAACCCAGUGCCUCCCUUCGGGUUAGAUGUCAACUGUUGUGCCCCGUCACGCACCAUUGCUGAGCAGAUGUGUGCUUGAUACAGGUGAUUAAUAAACGAUGCUUCAGUAUGA